AUGAAGCUCCGCAGCAAGGCGGCGGCGCUGCUCCUGCUCGCGCUGGCCGCGCUGCUGCUCGCGCUUCUGUCCCUGCGCGCCGGCCGCGCCGAGCCCCGCGCGCCGCCCGCGCACCCCGCGUCCGUCCCGCAGCGCCACCCCGCGCCGGUCCCCGCGCGCCUGCCGGGUCCGGGCGCCCUCCCGGGGGCUGGCCCGGGCACUCGGAAGCGCCGACCCCCGCGCCCGCGUCCCCGAGCCGGCCGCCGGAGCGCGGCGAGCCUGGAGAAGUUGGCGAGGAGACCCGGAGGACCCAGGAGUUUCCAAGCUAUGCUGCCACCUGAGCUCUGGAUCCACCUGGCUGUGGUGGCCUGUGGCAAUCGGCUGGAGGAGACGCUGGUCAUGCUCAAAUCAGCCGUGCUCUUUAGCCACAGGAAGAUCCAAUUUCACAUCUUCACUGAAGACUCUCUGAAGCCUGAGUUUGAUAAACAGUUACGACAGUGGCCUGAAUCAUACACAAAGAAGUUUGAGCACAGAAUCUAUCCCAUCACAUUUUCUGUUGGAAACCCUCAGGAAUGGAAGAAAUUAUUCAAACCCUGUGCUGCCCAGAGACUCUUUCUUCCGGUGAUUUUAAAGGAUGUGGACUCACUUCUCUACGUGGACACUGAUGUUCUCUUUCUGAGACCUGUUGAUGACAUCUGGAAGCUUCUGAGACAAUUUAAUUCCACCCAGCUUGCAGCCAUGGCCCCGGAGCAUGAAAUCCCGAAGAUUGGCUGGUACAGCCGCUUUGCACGGCACCCUUUCUAUGGCUCUGCAGGAGUUAAUUCAGGAGUCAUGUUAAUGAAUUUAACUCGCAUAAGAAGUGCCCAGUUCAAGAACAGCAUGAUUCCAACAGGCUUGGCUUGGGAGGACAUGUUGUACCCUCUGUACCAGAAGUACAAGAAUGCCAUCACGUGGGGAGACCAGGAUUUAUUAAAUAUUAUUUUUUAUUUCAAUCCAGAGUAUCUCUAUGUGUUUCCCUGCCAGUGGAACUACCGUCCCGAUCACUGCAUGUAUGGAAGCAACUGCAGAGAGGCUGAGCGUGAAGGUGUGUCUGUUCUGCAUGGGAACCGAGGUGUCUACCAUGAUGAUAAGCAGCCAACUUUCAAAGCACUCUAUGAAGCCAUACGGGAUUUUCCCUUUCAAGACAAUCUCUUUCAAUCCAUGUAUUACCCUCUUCAGCUGAAGUUUUUGGAGACUGUGCACACUUUAUGUGGACGAAUCCCACAAGUUUUUCUGAAGCAAAUUGAGAAAACAAUGAAAAGGGCUUAUGAGAAACACGUCAUCAUCCACGUCGGCCCCAACCAGAUGCACUGA